AUGACCCUCAAAGUCUAUGAUGAAGAAUUAAAAAUUGAUGUUCUAAAAACUCUGCAAUACAAAGAUGAUGUUGGCACGAGUCACACUGUAGAGGUAAUAGAUCAAGUGAUUGCUCAAGAAAUUGAAAGGAAAACACCUCAAUUUCAACCACACCGGUGGGAAGAUUUAAGACCACCCCAACCAUCAGAAAAUACUCAAGAGCCUAAAAAAGGAGCAGAUUUGAAACAAUUACCUGAGAAUCUGAAGUAUAUGUUUCUUGAUGCUGAAAAGAAGUACCCGACCAUUAUCAAUUCCAGUUUAAAAAGUUUUCAAGAAGAAGAACUUAUCCAAGUACUCAAGAAAUAUAAGAGUGCUAUUGGAUGGGAGAUUAAGGAUUUGAAAGGCAUUAUGUUGAGGCACAAAAUUUCCAAUAGAGACAUAAAAGUAGACAAAGCAAAAGUGGAGGUAAUAGCUAAUUUACCACCACCGAUGAAUGGAAAAGGUAUAAGAAGCUUCUCGGGACAUGUGGGUUUUUACCGCAGGUUCAUAAGAGAAUUUUCUAAGAUCGCAAAACCGUUGACGAGCUUGCUUGUGAAAGACACACCUUUUCUUUUUGACAAAAAGUGCAACGAAGCUUUUAAAAUCCUGAAAAGGGAGUUGGUGUCUGCUCCUAUAGUGAUUUCCCCUGAUUGGUCUCUCCCCUUUGAGAUCAUGGGUGAUGCUAGUGAUAACGCAGUGGGGGUAGUGGUAGGACAAAGAAAGGAAAAGCUAUUGCAUGUGAUUUAUUAUGCAAGUCACGUGUUGAAUCCGACCCAAAUGAAUUAUGUAUCCACUAAAAAAGAAUUGCUCGCGAUUGUGUAUGCGUUUGAUAAAUUCAGGUCUUACCUGUUAGGAUCAAAGGAAUCUAAACCGAGGUUCCUGAGAUGGAUUCUACUUCUGCAAGAGUUUGAUCUGGAUAUCAGAGACAAAAAGGGUUGUGAAAAUACUGUUGCUGAUCACUUAUUCCGAAUGUCCCCGAUAGAAGAAACAGAGGAGAAGUGCCCAAUCAAGGAUGAGUUCAUCGAUGAAAGAAUCCUAGCUGUCACUGGUGUUCCAUGGUUUUAUUUGUGGGACGACCCGUUCUUAUACAAAAAAACAAUAGAUGGGUUGGUCCGAAGAUGUCAGAGGACGGGUAACAUUUCAAAGAGAAAUCAGAUGCCUCAAAAUGCCAUGUUGGAGGUAGAGUUGUUCGAUGUAUGGGGAAUAGACUUCAUGGGACCUUUUCCACCGUCAUUUGGAAAGCAUUACAUUUUGGUCGCUAUUGAUUAUGUGUCAAAGUGGGUAGAAGCUGUAGCAUUACCCACGAAUGAUGCUAAAGUGAUGGUCAAUUUCCUUAAAAACUACAUUUUCUCUAGGUUUGGGGUACUAAGAGCACUGAUCAGUGACAAAGGUACUCAUUUUCUAAACAAGGUAAUGGAGAAUCUGUUAAGGAAAUAUAAAGUCAAGCAUAAGAUUUCCACACCGUAUCAUCCUCAGACAAGAGGACAUGUUGAAGUAUUGAACCGACAGAUAAAGCAGAUUCUUGAAAAGACUGUCAAUGCUUCUUGA